AUGUCGCAAUUUAAACUCUCUGCAGUGCUAAAAGGGCAUAAUAGCGACGUCCGCGCCGUGUUACAUCCAGAUCCCUCGUUCGCGUUGACAGCCUCUCGAGACGGGUCGACCAAACUAUGGAAAAAGACCAAUGAAAGCCCACCUAACUUCGAGCCCGACGAAUUAUCACAUGGAAGCCAAUUUAAGACAUGUCUAUCAUAUAUGCCUCCUUCGAAAGAAUACCCUGAGGGUCUGGUGGUUUCUGCUGGUCAGGAUACCCUCAUCGAAGCACGGCAACCAGGUACUACAGCCGAGGCGAAUGCUGACGUGAUGAUGGUUGGCCAUUCGAACCAGGUAUGCUCUUUGGAUGUGUCUGAAAGAGGUGACUUCAUAGUCAGUGGUAGCUGGGAUAGCACGGCAAAAGUCUGGAGUAUUGGGAACUGGGAGGUAGCAUUGGAUCUGCCAGAUCAUACUGCAACAGUUUGGUCUGCUAUUGCAUACGACCGAGAGACCAUUGUCACAGGCUGUGCGGACCGUGCGAUAAGAGUGUUCACCACAAGCGGUAAGCAAUUAGUGAGCUUCGAUGGUCGGGAUGUGGUGCGUGCGCUUGUCAAAAUCGAUGGCCAUCCCACUGGCGCUCAGAUAGCUUCUGCAAGCAACGAUGGUAUUAUACGGUUGUGGACUUUGGACGGGAAGUUGAGAGGAGAACUGCACGGCCACGAAUCUUUCAUCUACUCCCUCACUGUCCUACCUACCGGCGAGAUUGUGAGCUCAGGCGAAGAUAGGUCGAUACGAGUUUGGAAGAACACCGAAUGUGUACAAGUCAUCACUCUCCCAGCAAUAUCUGUGUGGUCGGUGUCAGCAUGUACCAAUGGCGACUUGAUAGCAGGAUCGAGCGACAAAAUUGCAAGAAUACUUACAAGAGAAGCGGAGCGACAAGCUGAUCCUGCCACGAUCGCCGAGUUCGACAAUUUAGUACAAUCUUCCGCAUUGCCAAAACAACAGGUCGGCGACAUCAACACCACAGAUUUGCCUGGCCCUGAAUUUCUGACACAAAAGUCUGGUACAAAAGAAGGCCAAACCGCUAUUGUCAAGGAUGAGAGUGGUCAACCUACAGUCUACCAAUGGUCGGUAGCUCAGCGAACUUGGGUCAAGGUUGGACAAUUAGUGGACUCGGCCGCCUCAAGCAACAAGAUCAUGUAUAAUGGUAAAGAAUACGAUUACGUCUUCGACGUCGACAUUGAGGAUGGUAAACCUGCCUUGAAGCUCCCUUUCAAUGCUACGCAGAAUCCCUACGAAGCUGCGACAAAAUUUCUGCAGGACAAUGAGCUACCCAUGUCAUACCUGGAGGAGACGGCAAACUUUAUCAUCAAGAACUCCCAAGGUGCCCAGCUAGGCCAACAAGCCCCCACAGGAGCAGAUCCAUGGGGCACAGAAAAUCGAUAUCGACCAGGAGAAGUCCCUCAAUCCACCUAUAAGCCUCCAGCCCCGCAAGAAUCAGCCGCUAGGUCAACUCUCCCGCAGAAGGAGUACCUGCCGAUUGUGCUCGGCAAGCCCAGUGCAGCAUUGAGUCAGAUCUCAAAGCUAAACUCGACAUCCACGCAGCCUCUGUCGCAGCAAGAUAUCGAGUCCAUAUCGAAAUUGGUUGCUAUACUGGACAAGCACAAUUUUCAGGCGAAGCCCUCGUUACAGUCGUCAGCAAUCGCACCAGCACUGGGUCCUCUUCUCCAAAUAAUAGCGACUUGGGAACCGCUCAAGACCAGACUUGCGGCCCUCGAUCUCUUUCGCUUCAUUGCAGCUGCCACGGCCGACUUCCCAGUUCCAGAGGACGAAUCGCUUACGUUGCUGUUUCAGUCACCAAUCUUCAAUGCUGAUAUAGUGCAAGAAAAUAACAAGCUCGCAAUGGUUGGCUAUCGCUGUUUUGCAAAUUUGAUCUACGGCUCUGAUACAGGCAGAGUGGUAACUCAGGUGUACAUGGACGAUGUUCUCCGCCACCUCAAAACUGGCGCACAAAGCAUGGUCUCUACGGUUGACGUCUCUUUCGCUGUCGCUCAUGCCACACUCGCACUGAAUCUUGCUGUCCUCAUCAUCAGCGAGAAGACGGACCAGUCCCAGCGGCAGGCAUUAGAGCUUGUGGAAGUGCUAAGCCAAGUCCUGAACAUUCUGCCUGCAGUUAAUCAUAGCGAGAACGCGAAUCCAUUAGCACAGACUACCGAGCCUGCUUACCGAGCGCUGAUGGCCCUAGGCACGAUUGUCUUUGGCUUUAAGAACAAUGACGAUGUUAAGAAGGCAUGCAAGAGCAUGUACGAGGUUGAUCAAUUAAUCGAAGGGCUGAGGAAAAAGAAAUACACCGACGAGCCACGAUUUAAGAGGGUAGUCGGUGAAGUUGGGCGGGUUCUCAAAUGA